AACACAGUCUUGACGCUGCAACCGCCAUGUGGACCAAGUGCAGUCGUUUGCUGUGCCUCUGCCUGUGCGUGGGCCAGUGCCUGCUGGUCAUUGGCAAUCCGUCGGAAACGAAUGUGAGCAAGUUCCUCAGGCACUUGGACGUUAUACCCGAUCUUAUAGAUGUGGGACCCCAAGAGUUUCUCAAUGUCACCUACAUGGGCAACAUACGUGCCGAUCGCGGGGUCGAGCUGCAGCCGCUGCAGGUGCGGGAUGAGCCGACGGUCCAGUGGAUCGCCGGCAAGGAUGAUUACUAUACGCUGCUGAUGACCGAUCCGGAUGUGCCAGAGAAAAUGUAUCCGCAGCUCAAGGAGUAUCUGCACUGGCUGGUCGUCAAUAUACCUGGCGGCCAAAUGUCGCUCGGUGAUGUCCGUGUUGGUUAUGUGGGCGCCACGCCCCCCAAAGGCAGUGGGCUACAUCGUUACGUGUUUCUGCUGUACAAGCAGCCGGAUUAUCUAAACUUCGACAUCGAACAUGUGCCCAAGCACAGCGAGAGCAGCCGCAUCAAAUUCAGUACCCGACAAUUUGUGCGCAAGUAUAAUCUAGGCUUCCCCCUGGCUGGCAAUUUCUUUACCAGCGAGUGGAGCAAAGAUGUGCCGAGCUUGCACAAGGCCUUCCAGACCAAUGGAGAGACGUUGUCGUUUUAGGUAAUCAGCAAUG